CUUAGGCUGCCACGCAGAGUCGCAGACCCGCUUCACCCGUUUCUUCCCAUCUUUUUUCCCUCUCUUCCCCAUUUCAAAAUUUCCAGAUCCACCUAGGGUUUGCGCCUCCUCCCUCCGCCCCCAUCACACAAGCCGCAUCGAGGGGGACGACGCCGACCUCGGACCGUCGGAAGCACCAUGGAGAAGUACGAGAAGUUGGAGAAGGUCGGGGAGGGCACCUACGGCAAGGUGUACAAGGCGCAGGACAAGGCGACGGGCCAGGUGGUGGCGCUCAAGAAGACCCGCCUGGAGAUGGACGACGAAGGGAUCCCGCCCACCGCGCUCCGUGAGAUCUCCCUCCUCCGCCUCCUCUCCAGCUCCCUCUACGUCGUCCGCCUCCUUGCCGUCGAGCAGGCCACCAAGGGCGGGGGCGCCGGCGGUGGAGGGAAGCCCGUCCUCUACCUCGUCUUCGAGUUCCUUGACACUGACCUCAAGAAGUUCGUCGACGCCUACCGCCGUGGACCCGCCCCUAAGCCGCUCCCAACGCAGGUCGUCAAGAGCUUUUUGUAUCAGUUAUGCAAAGGAAUUGCACACUGCCAUGGCCAUGGUGUUCUUCAUCGGGAUUUAAAGCCCCAAAAUCUCUUGGUUGACAAGGAGAAGAUGAUACUGAAAAUUGCAGAUCUUGGGUUAAGUAGAGCUUUUACUGUUCCUAUGAAAAGCUACACCCAUGAGAUCGUGACGCUUUGGUAUAGAGCUCCUGAAGUACUGCUUGGAGCAACACAUUACUCAACCAGUGUUGAUAUUUGGUCCAUCGGAUGCAUCUUUGCCGAGAUGGUCAGAAAACAGGCUCUUUUCCCUGGUGACUCUGAGUUACAGCAACUGCUUCACAUUUUCAAGCUGUUGGGAACUCCUACCGAGGAGGAUUGGCCUGGAGUAACUGCUCUGAGGGACUGGCACGAGUUUCCUCAGUGGAAAGCACAAAGAUUGACGCGUGCAGUCCCUACACUGGAACCAGAAGGAAUUGACCUGUUAUCGAAAAUGCUCCAGUUCGACCCGGCGAACAGGAUCUCAGCCAAAGCUGCGCUAGAGCAUCCCUAUUUCAACAGCCUCGACAAGUCUCAGUUCUAGCUGUUCUAGCUACCGUGUGAUUUUUCUCAACUUGGUGUGUGUGCUCUGCUCGCCAACUUGUUCCGCCAUGAGAUCGAUGCUGAAAACGCACGAAACCAUGUUUCAUCUACCUACAAUCAGCAACGGCGUGUUGCUGGUAGUUGGCUCCCAUGAGCGCCCGUCUCCUAGACCUCCAGCACUUGAUUUGCCUUGAGAAUUAUUGACUGAAGAUACUUGUUCAGAUCAUGUAGGAGUUUUAUUUGCUCUGUACGGAAUUGUUUGAUGAGAUGGGUUUGCGGACAAUAGACAUUUGUGUAGCAUAAUAAGGUAGUACUGGUAUUUGUUAAGAAAAUGUUGCUUCAUGACAAGUGAAGUUAUUUGGA